CCCGCCCGCCCGGUUCCGGGCCCGGAAGGCCCCGCCGCGUGCCCUUUGAACCGGGAAGCGCUCGGCGGGAGGCCUGGGCGGCCGGGGUUUGAAUGAGAUCCGGCUGAUUCACCGCGGCCCGGCCCGGCCCCGCGCCCAGGAAAGACUUACUGAUUGCAUCUUUAUAGCCUGAAAGUCGGAGUUGCUGCUGAGUUUGUUCUGCAAUCACCUCUUGCUGAGUACCAGGUUAGAAAUGCAGAGAUGCUUUGUUUUUAAUUGUAAUCUUAGUUAUGGUCUAAAAUUUUGCUUAAGUUGUUUUCAAAAACAUUGUUUCUUAAACUGAAGCUAUUGCUGAAAUAAUAUUUGGGCACAGUGGGUUGACAAAAAAUAAAAUUGUUUUUAAUUUGGAUGGCUAACCUAAAAUCUUCAGAUGUUUACACAGAGUAAACAAAUAUGUUUAAAUAUAUGUAUGAAAGUCUAAAUAUACUCUAACCUACUAAAACAACUUCAGCUACAAAUAAGAAUGUAAAAUACUAGUUGCCAAAACUCUAACCAGAGUCAAGCUGCGGAGCUAGUGAAAUAAUUUGCAUUCCAUCUAGAACUGGUUUGUGGAGAUUUUCUCUCUCUGGUGUUGCCUUGGGAAUCUGAACGUGAACAGUGACUAGUCUGUGAUAGCAACAUUGGAAAUGUUAUAUCCCUCCAGUUCUGAAAGAAAAUGAGACUCUUGUUCUUCUAAAACCUGGGAAGAUAUGCUGACAAAUAAAAAGUUUCUGUAACUGAUGAGUCUAAUCCAAUUUUAAUGAUUCAUAAAUGAUGUGCUUGCAUAAUUUCUACUUAAACGUUUACAGUCUUGGGUUAGACUGGAAUAAAUGAUGUAAAUAAAAUACUAAUGAGCUAGUAAUAAAUAUUGCUUAUCACUUGCUAAAGUGAAAUGUGAAAAGGCAUAAAGUUUUUUUUGAUAUUUCUUAAAUGAAGGUAGGUAAGACACCUCAUUGGCUUAUGGAAGUUGCAGUAGUGUAGGAAAAACUACCAAUGUGUUUUAUGGCAACCCAUUGUAGAGACUAAGAAUUUCCCAAAAUAAGCAUACAGUUAUGAGUGGUUAAAAUCGUAGGUUUAGUAGCUUAAGCCUACUUCUCAGCUACCUACUCCUCAGCCCUUGUUAGUGUCAUGAAAGAUGAAUCAUCUUGCGUUUCAAUGGAGGGGUGUCUACCCUGGAGAAUGAGACAUAAAUGGCUUUAAUUUGUGCUCAUGGCUGUUUCACCUAAGUGAUUUACCCUGUGCUUACACAACAGCUUUACCUUUCCAUGGAAAUUCUACAACGUGAUUUCAAGUUUGUUACUGGUAGCUGAGGCUGCAGUUGUAAGGUUUGCAUGUGUUAAAAAUAUGUUUUACAAAAUAAAAGAAGUGAAUCAAAUGAAGCUAGUAGCUUGGUAGUGCAUUAAAAUUGUGAGUGAAAUUCACAAAUUAAAAAUGUAGAGUGAAAUUAUCAAAUAGUGCAUGUGUUAUUGAUCCAUGUGUCAUAGAUAUUGUUGCUUGAAAUGGAUGAUAUUUAUAUAUCAUUAAAGUAAGAGUUAAAUAAUCAUGUCUUGUAGAUUCUGAUAGCUCCUUUUUAUUUGUUACUGCGAAGCUUAAAAUAUUUGUUUUAAACUUAAACUGAUAUAAUCGUGCUAGUAUUUAGUCAGUAAAACCACUAAUAAUUUCACAAAAUGAAUAUCAUCAUUCCUUCAACAUAAAAACUUCAUCUUUCAUAUGCAAAGCCAUUUUUUUUAAGAUAAGCUAUUUUUUGCAUAUUUAAACUUAAAAUGCUUGAUCUAGUAUCAUUACUGCAGCCUGAGAUUAUGUAUAAUUCUGUUAUGUGUAAUGUAACAUCUGUUUUGAGGAUGAGUGUAUUUUGGACAUACCAUUACUUGCUGUUCUUAUCACUCUUAUAUUGCACGAACAGGCUUUGUUGUAUUGUAUUGAAACUUGUAGAGUUAAGAUGAUAGUUUCUGGUAUUUUACUACGUACUUUCUAUUUCAUAAUUAGAAUAAGCUAAUAAAUUUUACUAAUUUCUGUAAGACUUGGAAAUAUAAAGGCUUGAUUUGCUGAAAGCAGCUGUUUUAUAAGAAUUUUCAGUAGCUUUUGUUUAUUUUAUUACCAGAUUUUAUUGUGUAAAGUCAAGAAACUGCAAAGUCAAGUAAGCAAGUAAAAGAACUGUUACACCUGGGACAAAGCCCUUACUUAGGUAGCUAGAAUUAAAUAUUAGAUUGCUUUUCAACAAUAUAAAGUGAAUAAACUGCAGAGUAAUGAACAUUUAAUUCUUCAGUUGGGUACCUUAACAUUUCCUAUUCCUGGAGAUCAGUACUUUAAAAAGUGCAAGAUAGAAAACCUCGAUUUUUCUCUCCAAGAAAGUAACGAGUUAGCUGCGUUGAUUGGAAUAAUCUUGCGCUAAAGCAAUGCCUCAUGCAACACUGGAAAUGUAUUAAAUGACUGUACUAUCACUAGCGUUCUAACUAUAUACACAUUAAAUGUUUACUUUACAGUAUUUCUUUUAGUAUAAUGAGUUCAUUAAAAAAAAGCUUUUGAUGCUAAUUCAGAGAUCCAUAAUCUGCUCAGUGUCUUUCACAUGUAGUUUUGAUGAUAACUGACAAGCUGUAAGUUAAUUAGCGCAGAACUUACUAAUGAGGAUGCUAAAAUCCUUACUUUCACAUUUUUGUUGAUGCUUUUUGAACAAAUUGGAGUAAACUUGACUGUGUAUCUAAUAAGUUUUAAGCACUUCCUGGAUGUAGGUGCUGUUCUCAAGCAACAAAACUCCCCAAAUUAAUUGAAUGAUAGGAAAGUUUUUGAAAAGUUUGACAAGAGUACUCAUCUUCAGAAAUGGGGAUAACCCAAAACCAAAGCAAUAAAACAAGGUCUGUUAAUUAGUAUGGAAGACAGCUUCUUGAAUUAAUAUGUGGUGUUAAUUAACAGGAAGUCUGAUGUUGUGUUGUAAUUACCACCAAUAUUUUUGACAUACUGAGUGACUGAAGGUGAAUUAUAUGGAUAGCAAUUUAGUAAACACUUCAGAGCCUGGGGACAUUUUUUCCUUUGUUUCUGUUUUUUUUGUUUUUAGAAAUAUGGAUAGACUUCUACGACUUGGAGGAGGUAUGCCUGGGCUGGGACAGGGGCCACCAACAGAUGCUCCUGCGGUCGAUACAGCGGAACAGGUUUAUAUCUCUUCCCUUGCGCUGCUGAAAAUGUUGAAACACGGUCGUGCUGGUGUCCCUAUGGAAGUUAUGGGUCUGAUGCUUGGGGAAUUUGUUGAUGAUUACACUGUGAGAGUGAUUGAUGUUUUUGCUAUGCCACAGUCUGGAACGGGUGUCAGUGUGGAGGCAGUUGAUCCUGUAUUUCAAGCAAAAAUGUUGGAUAUGCUGAAACAGACAGGAAGACCUGAGAUGGUAGUUGGUUGGUAUCAUAGUCACCCUGGCUUUGGCUGUUGGUUGUCUGGUGUAGAUAUCAAUACUCAGCAGAGCUUUGAAGCCUUAUCGGAAAGAGCUGUUGCUGUGGUGGUGGAUCCCAUUCAAAGUGUAAAAGGAAAGGUUGUUAUUGAUGCCUUCAGAUUGAUCAAUGCUAAUAUGAUGGUCUUGGGACAUGAACCAAGACAAACAACUUCAAAUCUGGGUCACUUAAACAAGCCGUCUAUCCAGGCACUAAUUCAUGGACUAAACAGACAUUACUAUUCCAUCACUAUCAACUACAGGAAGAAUGAACUAGAACAGAAGAUGUUGCUAAAUUUGCAUAAGAAGAGUUGGAUGGAAGGUUUGACACUUCAGGACUACAGUGAACACUGCAAACUCAAUGAAACAGUAGUGAAGGAGAUGUUAGAAUUAGCUAAGAAUUAUAACAAGGCUGUUGAAGAAGAAGAUAAGAUGACACCUGAACAGCUGGCAAUAAAAAAUGUUGGCAAGCAGGACCCCAAACGUCAUUUAGAAGAGCAUGUGGAUGUGCUGAUGACUUCAAACAUUGUCCAGUGUUUAGCUGCUAUGUUGGAUACAGUUGUAUUUAAAUAACCGAUUUACUGUUUGUGAUGCUUUCUGUGUAUAUUUGUUUAUUGUUUCUAAUACUCACAAAACAGAGACUGCUGAGGCUAUAUUUGAUUAAACAGAGACAUCUGACUUCAUUUGCAGUCUAAGCGCAGCUCAAUAACACCUUUCAGUCUCUAAUUGUGCAGUUGCUUCAGUUUUUUUAUGUCAGGGUCUUUACAGACUCCAAAGCAAUUCAAGAACACAAUGUGGGCAAAAAUGUAUUACAUUUUCAUUUAAUAUUUUGGGAAAAAAAUCAGUAGUACAUAUAUAUUUUGAUUGUUGCAACAUAAUAAAAGUACAUUUACAAGCCUG